GUGCCCAGCUGUGUGUCCAUGAAGAGUGAUAAGUCCAUGGGUGGUAUGCCUCGCUUCAGCAGUGAGCCAGUUCCAUCAGAAGAGAAAGACCUGAGGAGAGUUAUAAAGAAUCACAAAGCCAGUCUGAAGAGGAGGUUUGAGAACAUCUCUGAAGGCAUCAUCAAACCAGGAGCUGAGAUACUCCUCAAUAAGAUCUACACAGAGCUCUACAUCACAGAGGGAGAGAGUGAAGGGGUGAAUAAGGAACAUGAGAUUUGGCAGGUAGAGUCAGCGUCCAGAUCUCAAUCCACAGAAGACACACCAAUCAACUGCAACGACAUCUUCAAGCCCUUACCUGGACAGGAGAAGCACAUUAGAACUGUGAUGACCAAAGGUGUUGCUGGUAUUGGAAAAACUGUCUCAGUUCAGAAGUUCAUUAUUGAUUGGACAGAUGGGGUAGCCAAUCAGGAUAUAGAUUUUAUGUUUCCCCUUUCUUUCCGUGAGCUUAAUUUAGUCAGGGAUGAUCAGUAUAGUCUUCACAGGCUCCUGCUUGACUUCCACCCUGAGUUGAAGGAGCUAAAUGAUGGUGAAGGAUAUAAAGACUGUCAGGUUUUGUUCAUCUUUGAUGGUUUGGAUGAGAGUCGGUUGACUCUGGAUCUGGAACAGAACAGUGAGUUGUCUGAUGUGAAACAAACAUCAUCAGUGGAUGUUCUGAUGACGAGCCUCAUUCAGGGAACUCUGCUCCCCUCUGCACUCAUCUGGAUAACCUCACGACCAGCUGCAGCCAGUCAGAUUCCUGAUCAGUUCAUCAACCAGGUAACAGAAGUGCGAGGAUUCAAUGACCCACAGAAAGAAGAAUACUUCAGGAAGAGAAUCAGAGAUGAGAGUCAGGCCAACAAAAUCAUCUCACACAUUCAGACAUCCAGGAGUCUCCAUAUUAUGUGCCACAUUCCAGUCUUCUGUUGGAUUGCAGCUACUGUACUUCAGCAGAUGCUGGAGAGAAAAAACAUCAAAGACAUUCCCAAAACGCUGACUGAGAUGUUCAUACACUUCUUGCUCAUCCAAACCACACGAAAGGAUCAGAAGUAUCAGAGUAAAUCUGAAAAAGAUACAAAGAAACUCCUGAAAUCUCAGAGGUUCAUUUUACUGAAGCUGGCAGAACUGGCUUUCAAGAAUCUAGAGAAUGGCAACCUCAUGUUUUAUGAGGAAGACCUGAGAGAGUGUGGUAUUGAUGUCAGUGAAGCCUCAGUGUACUCUGGCAUGUGCACUGAGAUCUUCAAGACAGAAACUGUGGAAUCUCAAAAGAAGAAGGUCUACUGCUUUGUGCAUCUGAGUGUCCAGGAGUUUCUGGCAGCUGUGUUUGUGUUUCACUCGUAUUUGGCUAAGAAACUUGAGGCAUUGAAAUGCUUCCUCAGACAAACUCAAGACAACUUACAUGUUUUACUUAAGAGGGCAGUUGAUAAGGCUUUGGAGAGCCAGAACGGACACCUGGAUCUCUUCCUUCGCUUCCUAAUGGGCAUUUCUCUGGAGAGCAAUCACAGACUUCUGCAAGGUCUACUGAACCGCACACACAACAGCUCAGAUAGUAUCAAGGAAAUAUGUCAGUACAUGAAGAAGCUGAACAGAGAGGGUCUCUCUCCUGAACGAUGCAUCAAUCUUUUCCACUGCUUAUUUGAAAUGAAUGAUGAUUCCAUGCACAAAGAAAUUCAGACAUACUUGUCAUCACCAAAGAACAUCAAACAGAAGUUAUCUCCUGCCCACUGUUCAGCACUGGCCCACAUGCUUCUGAUGUCUGUGGAUGUGCUGGAUGAGAUUGAGCUGAAGAAAUACAACACAUCAGAUGAGGGACGCAGGAGACUGCUCCCAGCUGUGAGGUGCUGCAGAAAGGCACGGCUCUCUGAUUGUCUCAUCACAGAGAAGGGUUGUGGUUUUCUGGCUUCAGCUCUGACUUCAAACCCCUCCCAUCUAAAAGAGCUGGAUCUGAGCUACAAUCAUCCUGGAGAAUCAGGACUGAAGCUGUUAUCUGCUAGACUGGAGGAUCCUGCCUGUAAACUGGAGAUACUUAAAACUGACCAUGCUUCUUUAGACAGAGCACGACCACGUUUGCUGAGAUUUUCCUGUGAGUUCACACUGGACCCAAACACGGCACACAGAGAACUCCUUCUGUCUGAGGGGAACAGGAAGGUGACGCGGGUGAGAGAGAAGCAGCCGUAUCCUGACCACCCAGACAGAUUUACUGACUAUCCCCAGGUGCUGAGCAGAGAGCCUCUGCCUGGACGCUGCUACUGGGAGUGGGAGUGGAGUGGGGACAUUGUUGAAGUGGGAGUGGCCUAUAAAAGCAUCAGCAGGAGGGAAGCGAUCAGAAGCUCUGCCAAGGCCUGGAGUCUGGACUGUUACAGUGACAAGUACACAGCCUGGCACAAUGGAAAUGGGACUGCCCCACCCGUCCCCCCCGCAGGCUCCAGGAGAGUAGGAGUGUAUGUGGAGCGUGAGGUCGGCACUCUGUCCUUCUACUGGGUCUCAUCUGAUACUCUCACACACCUGCACACCUUCACCACCACAUUCACUAUACACACACAGGAAGGUGACGCGGGCUCUAGGAGAGUAGGGGUGUAUGUGGAGCGUGAGGUCGGCACUCUGUCCUUCUACAGUGUCUCCUCUGAUACUCUCACACACCUGCACACCUUCAGCACCACAUCCACUAGUGAGCCCCUACAUGCAGCGUUUCAUGUUUAUUCUGACUCCUCAGUGUCUCUGAUCUAG